AUGCGCCAGUCUGUUCAGGGGCCUCCAGUUGGCUACUUUACUCCUCCUUCGGGGCCAAUGGCAACAAGGUCUCCGCAAGCCAGUGCCGCUCAGCAAACUGGGCCACAAUCUGCUGCAUCUUCAGCAUUCAGGCCUGGCCAAACUCAAAUGGGAGGAGGCCCCUUGCAAGACUCUACAGUUCAAGUGAGGAAUCAGGCGGCUGCCAGCCCUCACCACCAACUGGCCCCUCCUCACCACGUUCCCUCACCAGCAUCUCUCACUCCUCAAACUCACCUUACUUACCCCGUGAACUACCCAUACCUCAUGCCGCCAGAAGGUUAUCGAAUUCCACAACUUGCUGUACCAGACCCAUUUCGUCUCUCCAUGCAUCAAAUUGAUCUUCUUGAUCCGAUAAAGAAAUGUGUGAAGUCAGGUGAGCCGGGUGGCCAUAAGGUUGAAGCCGAACUUUUUCAUUACUUCAGUGACUUUUGGCUGGGGCCCACUGAGAUUGAUCCUCACGCUUACAAUUACGAAUGGCCCUUGACCCUGACCGCGGAAGACAUCCGCAGGCUUCCUCGUUAUGAAACGCUCGCGAAAGAGGAGCACCGAAAAGUCAUCACUUACCAGACAGGGUGUCGUGUCUUUCGCCUUCGAUGUGUCGCAAUUAAAAAAAUCGAGACAAGAGACAUUCGGGAUCUGUGGCCGACGGCACCAACUACGUGGCCAAGUUGUUUUUACAUUCACAUCAAUGGUAUUGAGCUGACCGCACGCCGAAAACCUCAUAAUGCGAGAGAUUUACCUGUCGAUCUGUCGAUGUCCUUAAAAGAUGGUGAGAAUAAACUUCAGAUCAGCCUGCUUCCUAGGGAUGGUGAAUUUGAAAACACACGUUUCUUCUUUGCCGUUGAGAAAAUGGAAAUCCACAGUUUUGAAAUGGUCCGAGGCCAGGUGCAAACAGUCCCGGCUGAAAAAGUCCGCCAAAUUAUUCGGGAGCGCCUGAACAAGACGGCUGCUGAUGAGGAUUUGGCUGUUGUCACUGAGAAUCUGAACGUUAGUCUCAUUGAUCCAUUCACUGCGCAAGUCUUUACUCACCCUGCUCGCUCUGAGCUUUGCACUCACCUCGAUUGCUUUGAUCUCGAGACAUUCAUCAGAACUCGAAAGUCUGUUAGUGGUCCGGCUUCAUUGAACGAUAAGUGGACAUGUCCCAUCUGCAAUGUCGAUGCUCGCCCACAGCUUCUGAAAGUAGAUCGAUUUUUCGAAGAGGUUCGUGACGAGCUCGUCAGCAAGAAUCAACUGGAAGUUGCCCAGGCUAUCAAAAUAAGCUCGAAUGGCUCGUGGACUCUGCAGACCAUUCAAGAAUCUACACCUGAAAGACGCAGCAGCUCACAGACUCCACUUGCCAAACGCAAAGCAGGUAGUCAGCGGGCUGGAAGUGCGACUUCGCGUCCUAAGAUUGAGAGCUCUUCUACGCGCACUGCUCCAUCCAGCGAGCGGGUUGUCAUUGAACUGGACUGA